GGGGAGGGGCCGGGCGGUGUUGUCUCAGCCACUUCACACGUCUUCACCCUCCACGACAAAAGGUCUGUCGUCUGUCGUCUGGCCGCUGCGUGUCCAGACGGUCCAGCAGACGGCAACUUCAAACCUUGAGUUUCUCAAGUUCAAACCUUGCCUCCCCGCCGCCACCACGGCCCGUAGAGACCCCCCGCCACGGCCCGCCGGAGAGGAGGAAAGGGAAACAAGGGAUUCCAAGGCCAAAUCAGCGCAGCGAGGCUACAAGAAAAAGAGAGAGGGAAGAGAAAUGUGUGAGUGAGAGAGAAGAAGGCAGCGGCGGGCCGAGCCAGUGUAUAUUUUUUCGCCAAUCAAGUACCUGCGGCUGAACUUUGAUCAGACCAGCCGCCUUAUCUCGGUUCGUCUGCUUUGACAACCCCCUUUGACCUAUCCAAGCGAGCGAGCAUGGAGCCCACACCGACCGAAAUUCAAGAACUGAGAGACCAAUUCAUGAAGAAAUUGGAUGCUGAUGGCUCGUCCAUACCAGGGGGUAUUCAUCCAGCGGAUCUUGCUCGCAUUCAAGGAGGAGAUGACUGGUUACGCCGAUUUCUUCUCCACAAUGACAACGAUGUUAAAGAGUCACUAAACAUGAUGUGGGAAACUUGUAAAUGGCGCAAAACUUUUGGUACAAAUGAUCUUAAUGAGCAGAAUGUGAGAGUAGAGUAUCUUGAAGACGGAAGUAUGUUUAGUCACAGCAAGGACAUUGAUGGAAAAUCAUUAUUUAUUUUGAAGUGCAAGAAACAUGUGAAGGGUCAACGAGACAUGGAUGAACUGAAAAAAUGUCUUGUCUAUUGGUUUGAACGUCUGGAAAGGCAAGAUAAAGGAGAUAUGAUUACUCUCUUCUUUGACAUGGCUGAUACUGGCCUGUCUAAUAUGGAUAUGGACUAUACCAAAUACCUGAUCUCUCUAUUCAAGCUUUACUAUCCGUUCUUUUUGAACUAUAUCCUCAUUUUUGAAAUGCCAUGGAUCCUCAACACUGCAUUUAAAAUAAUCAAGUCAUGGCUACCUGAGAAAGCUGUAAAGAAGAUUAAUUUUGUGAAUAAGAGUACUUUAAAGAACUUUGUGGAGCCAAAGAAUGCCCUGUCAUGCUGGGGAGGAGAGGACGCCCACGAAUUUUCGUUCACACCUGAAGACAGAAAUGGCAAAGUAGAAAGAAAAGUUCAUUUUGCUGACUCUCAAGGUGACUCUUCUCCAACAGCGGAAACUGGACAUGGUGUGUCUGGACUCAAGGUUAAAAUAAGCCCCACUGACCACAUUGUCUUUGACAACAGUGUAGAUUCAGAACUGAGGGCAGCUCUUUCUCUCACAAAUUCUGAUGAUAAAAUUAUUUCAUAUAAGAUUAAAACAACUUCUCCAGAAAAAUAUCGUGUUCGUCCGUGUUUGGGAGUCUUAAAACCAGGAGCCUCAGUCUCUGUGGUUGUGGCAGUUCACGCUGGCUUUCAACUGUCAGCUUUGUCAAGAGAUAAGUUUCUGAUCAUGGGAAUGUCAGUUGAUUCUGCGGAAAUGUCAAAUCAAGAACUUACAGACUUAUGGAAGCAACGUGGGAGCACCGCAACAGAAAUUAACCGGUUAAGAUGUAGUUCCCCAUCUGAAAUAAGUAGCCGCAAUGGAAGUAUUUUGGGCAACGCGUCUGUGUCUCCAGACAAAUUAUCAGUAGUGUGUGAUAAUGUCAAUAAACUGGUCAGGGCAAAUGCUCUGAUGGAAACUGAAAUUCGACAAACUCGCAAGUACCAACAGGUUCUUACUGCUUGUGUAUGUAUGUGUGCUGUGGGAAUCAGCUAUUUGGUUUGGAUUCUUCGUGAUUACAUUGCUGAGGAAAAGUCUUGUCCUGUGUCUCAACUUUCUGAUUCCUAAUUAUGUUGUCCUGUUUUGACAUAAAAGUUUCAUGAAAUGUUCCAAACAAUGCACUACGCAUCUCUUGUUCUUCAUAGAUGAGAGUUUUUAAGCUGCACUUAAAUUAUUGAUUUCACAGAAACGUACCUGCAGUAAACAUAUGAACUAUAAUUUAUUUGAAGUAAACAUUGUCUUUACUUUAUUGUUGUAGAUUAUUGCUCAUGGGAUCAGGAUUGGUGCUUCCUAGUGGUCAUUGGUUUUUAAUAUCCUGUUUGUUCAUGGCCUAUGCUCACGGUUUUAUCUAUCUUCUGUUUUAUGAAAUUGUGAUAUAUUGUUUUAUAGGAAGAUAGUUGUGUAAAAGAUACCUUCACUUUGGAUUGUCUUCCUUCCAUUUGUACCUAUUUUUUUGAAGUGUCACUGCUCUGGUGAAUCCCUUGUACCAGUGAGAAUACCCCAUGUCACUGUCAAGUGUUUUUCAGCAAUCAAUGAAGAAAUAUCUUGAGCUGCUUCUGACAGUUGGAUGUUAGAUUCAAACUAGUUUUCUCUGCCUUAGGCGCUUUUUUGAAGUCAAUGUUUGUGACUUAUGAUUGUACGUACUGUCACUAUGCAUACAUAUCACUGUAGGAAUCUCUGCAGAAAACAUUUGUAUGCAUAACUUUACAGUAUUGUUUCUUUCAAUUUUAUCUAAUUGUAGAGUUAUAUUAUAUUGCAAUAUGACUUGUAGUGAAACAAAGGGCCUCCUAGGUGUCGGUGUGAUAAACCUUUUUUCUGUUAUCUUAGUUUAGAGCUGCUCCAAUGCUGGACGUUUAGGGACAUUUCAAGCACUGGAAAUGUGUUUUAUACUUAUGAAGUAGUAGCCAUGCAGCUGUCAGUUUUACUGCAAGUGCUCAAUGUAUUAGAAUUUGUAGACAUUGUGUAGAAAAUGCUUCGUACGGAUACACCACAGGUAGACCAAAGCAAUCUUAAUCAGGUAAAAAGGUAUUCGGUAUUGUUAGUUCAUUGUGAUUAUUCCACUGAAGUUGUCUAGUUUAUACCAAGCAUCACAUUCUCACAUUGUUGAAACUAGACUGAUAUCUUUGCUAUUGCUAGUAGGCCAUAAAUAAAUGUGUUGCUAAUUUUGUAACUAAUCAGCUACAUUCCGAUUAUUUUUUUAUUUGUACUACUCAUACCUAUACUGUAUCUUUUUCAUAACUUUAAUUUUAUAUAUGUAUUGAUAAAUGUUUCAUCUAUUAAUGUGUCUUCUAAAAUUAGCCCCAGAAAAUAAUCUUAAUACAGAGAAGAACCAGUUUUGUGAUCUAUUGCCUGUGUCUGUUUUUCUUUGUGGCAAACCAUUGGUAAUAUUUUUUUAUGCCUGCUUCUCCUCUAUGGGGUUGUUGGUUUUAGAGGGACCUGAUGUGUUACUGUUGUUGCUGCAGCAGUUUUGUUUUAAUGUUAAUUGUUCUAUUGGUCUUUAAAUAUAUAUCUUUACUUAUUUUUAAUUUUUUAAAAGUUUAAGUACCGUUUGAUCACAACAAUGUGAACUGAACUGAAUUUCUGAGGAAAUUUAUCGGUAACUGCCUUAAUUGUUUAGUAAUGUAGAGCACAUUCUUUGCCUUUUAUGAGGUGCUAAAUUUUGAAAAGUGUAUAUAUGCACAAUAGUUCUUGUGUCAUUUUGACAUUUGCUGUCUUUGUUUUAUGGUAGUUGUAUUUAGUUGGACACUGAUUGCUCUCUAACAUGUCAUCCAAGCUCUAAUAGCAGUAGUUUUUACGUCAGGUGAUGCUUCUUGUCUCAAAUGGGUGUUUAAAAAGUACAGUCCCAACUGUCUACUUUUUAGAAGGUCGAUUUCUAUUGGCAACUUUACUUGCAAGAGUAAACAUGCUGUCUGUGAGAUUGACUGUGCUUUUGCAUUAUGUUACACGUUGGAAACGAAUGCUUUUUUUUAGUUUCAGUGUACCAAAUUUUUUUACUUCUAUCUAUUACUACGUAUAUGAAGAUGUGCAUUUAUUUCUUGAUACUUGUGACAUUGUGAUAUGUUUUUCUGCAUCAACUCUUUAUCAAGUAAAAAAGUAAAAGCAUGCUAGGAAAAAAUCCUUAUCUAUUGACUCUUGUAAACUUUGUUACUCAUUGUUUUGUUUUGUGAAAAUACAGCUAAUAGUAAUUGAAA